AUGGGAUCACUAUUUAGUAAAUCAACUCCACCUCCACUACCACCUUAUACACCAUUUCCAGAUAGUGAAGUGGAUAGUAAGCAUUUGAAACAUAACAAUCCUCACCCCCUAGAGUUUCCAGAACAUCUCUACAUCGCUGGAGUAAAUGAUGGAUUCAUUCCAGAUUCAAUUAUGCAUAAUUAA